AUGUCCAUUUGCUUAGAUAUUCCUCUAGUUAUAGAAUCAACCGGUUUCAAAAUAAAUGAUGUCUAUCGCGCACGGUUUUCUUCUGUUACUGAGAAAGAUGUUCUGAAUGCUCUAGCCAACCUUGUCAGACCGAACAGGGACGAAGCAAUGGCUGUAGAUGCCAGGCAAGAGAUAGAUUUGAAAGUUGGAGUUGCCUUUACGCGAUUUCAAACAAGUUUUUUCCAGGGGAAAUAUGGGAACCUAGAUGCCAGAGUUAUCUCCUAUGGACCCUGUCAAACUCCAACUUUAGGAUUUUGUGUGCAGCGGUAUUUGCAAAUAAAUACUUUCAAGCCAGAAAAGUUUUGGAGUUUGCACCCUUACAUAAUUCAAAGCGGCUAUGAAAUUCUGCUAGAAUGGCAACGCAGCAAAUUGUUUGACAUAAAUGUUGCUAUGAUGUUUCAAAAGCUGGUUGCUGAAGAUGGGAUUCUGGAAGUGACUGAUAUAUCAGAAAAACAGGAAACCAAAGGUCGCCCUGUUGGUCUAAACACAGUGAAUCUUCUGAAGGUUGCUUCAAGUGCUUUAGGAUUUGGUCCUCAGACAGCUAUGCAACUAGCUGAACGAUUGUAUACUCAAGGCUUCAUCAGUUAUCCACGAACAGAAAGCACUGCAUACCCUCCGUCAUUUGACUUCCGUGGUGCACUCUCUGCACAAAGAAAUAAUCCAACUUGGGGUAACUAUGUAGAAGGGCUACUCACCAGUGGUUAUCAGAAACCUCGAUCGGGAACAGAUGUGGGUGACCAUCCUCCCAUUACUCCAAUGAGAUCUGCAUCAGAGGAUAUGCUAGGUAAUGAUGCUUGGAAGCUGUACCAAUAUAUCUGUCAAUACUUCAUAGGGACAGUGUCUCCGGACUGCAAGUAUGUAAGGAAAAAGGUUGAGUUUUCAGUUGGUGGAGAGUCCUUUCAUUGUACAGGCCAGCAUGUUAUAACCAAAGGAUUUACAGCUAUUAUGCCUUGGUUGGCAAUAAAUGAUAAAAGUAUUCCAUCAUUUACAAAAGGAGAGAAAAUAGAAGUAUCAAAAGUUGAGCUCUAUGAAGGGAAUACCACACCUCCAGAUUUUCUUACUGAGAGUGAGCUGAUUUCUCUAAUGGAGAAGAAUGGAAUAGGAACAGAUGCAUCAAUUCCUGUACAUAUUAACAAUAUAUGUGAGCGAAAUUAUGUGCAGGUACAAGCAGGCAGGAAGCUUGUCCCAACCACAUUAGGGAUAACUUUAGUAAGAGGUUAUCAAUCAAUUGAUCCAGACCUCUGCCUGCCUGAUAUCCGUAGCUUUAUUGAGCAACAAAUUACUCUUAUAGCUAAGGGGCAGGUAGAUCAUCAUCGUGUGGUGCAGCAUGUAAUUGAACAGUUCAAGCAAAAGUUUUCUUACUUUGUCAAGAAGAUUGAAGCCAUGGAUGCACUAUUUGAAGCGCAGUUUUCUGCACUUGUUGAUUCAGGGCGUAUUAUGAGUAAAUGUGGUAAAUGCUUGCGAUAUAUGAAGUAUAUUUCUACCCAACCACCACGGUUGUAUUGUGGUACAUGUGAGGAAGUUUAUUAUCUUCCACAGAAGGGCACAAUAAAGCUGUACAAGGAACUGUCUUGUCCUUUAGACAAUUUUGAGCUUUUGAUCUGCUCCGUGGCUGGCCCAGAGGGUAAAUCAUUCCCACUAUGUCCUUACUGCUACAGCAAUCCCCCAUUUGAAGAGGGUGCUCAUAGAAUCUCGACAACUAAAGAAAAGUGCCUUGAAUGCGACUCUUCAAUCAUAGAAGUGGACUUCAACAAGAAAACAACUCCUCUGGCAGACGGGGCUACGUUACACCGAGGUUGCAUUCUUUGUGAUGUAUUACUACAUUCCCUUGUAGAAAUGAAAUAUGGAAGAGGCUUCAAGCGUAUGAGUUCACGUGGAAGAGGAAGAGGAAGGGGAGGAAGGGGAGGAAGAGGAAGAGGACGGGGUGGUAAAAUGAUGGAUCCGAAAAUGAGUUUUCGAGAUUUCUAG